AGAAAUAAAUAGAAGAAAUCUUCAUCAAGACUUUCGGAAAAACUCCAACAAUGGCGAGAAAACUCUCCACGCUCCUCAGUUGCCUCGCUCUUAUUUUCCUCUCUGCAUCCCUCAUCGCCGCAAAACCCACCGGUUUCUUUCGGACUCUCUCUCCAUCUUCAUUUGGCCUCCGUAAGGAGAAGCUGAGCCACCUUCACUUCUACUUCCACGACAUCGUCAGCGGACGGAACCCCACCGCCGUGAAGGUGGCGGAGGCCCUCAUGACCAACACCUCCUUGACGGCGUUCGGAAUGGUGGCGAUGGUGGAUGACCCGUUGACGACGGGGCCGGAGCGGGUGUCGAAGCUGGUGGGUAAGGCCCAGGGAAUAUACGCGUCGGCGGCCCAAGACGAGGUGGGGCUGUUGAUGGUGAUGAACUUUGCGUUCAUGGAAGGGAAGUAUAAUGGUAGUACUCUGAGCUUGUUGGGACGGAACAAGGUUUUCAGUACGGUUCGCGAGAUGCCGAUCGUCGGCGGUAGUGGGCUUUUCCGGUUCGCUCGUGGCUACGCUCAGGCCAAGACCCACACCUUUGAUCUCAAAACCGGCGACGCCGUCGUGGAAUACAAUGUCUACGUACUCCAUUAUUGAUGGUUCCUGUAAACUGGCGGUCCUUGCCUUGGGGUUCUCCUUGACGGUGGAUCAGGAUUCUCCGCACUAAUAUCGCAUGAAGUUUCUAGAGACAUACAAAUUAUUCCUUUCCUUUCUAGUUUCGCUCGAAAUUAUUUCAAAUGUUUCUAGUACAUUGUGUGUUUUUCCUUUUUUGGUACUUUGUUGCCAAUGUUUGCUUGCUAGACGUGUGGUCCUUGGCCUCCAGAACAAAAUAUAUGCAAAUUCAACAGUUCACUACUGUUUCUCUGCA